CUCGUCAAUCAAUUUUGUUAUUGGAAUCUCACUUGCUCUCGAGCCAGACAGUAUACUCUGUACUACUCAUUGCAACCAGUCGCCACGGUCUUUGACUAGACGACUACCUGACUAUUACGAAGGUUAUUACAACCCGCCCGGAUGGUCUACCCCUGACCACCCGAGCUUUGCUUAGGUGACUGUCAACCCCUACGGCUUUCUGUACCUCUGCUCAUCCCUGAGAACCAAUUGAAUAGUGUCUACGAGCUUUGCUUAAGCCAUGAAUCGCAACACUAUCCUUUCUACUACUUGUGGUAUUCCCACACUUGGUCUCUUUCACACCCUUAUCUCCAACAAGCCUGAACCUUCCUUCCACCAAUCCAUUCAUCUCAGAGAGCAGUUGGUAUCCCUAGCUGGCCCCCUCUCACAGCAACGUUCGCUUGGAUCUCCAGAAUGUGUGUUCACAAAAUUCCUUUCUUGAUCUUCGAUACUGUCAGAGUUCAGUGAAGAACUGUACGCAAAGGGAAGAAGUUGAAGAUUGUACUGGAGUUGUAUUGGGUGAAGCUACGAACAGUAUAUAUAGGUGAGUAUCUUUAAACAACGCUAGUGUGACGUGGCAGUCACUCUCAUGGAGACAAGAUGGACAUGGAUGCACGACAGGCAUGUGAGGUUUCUGGAUGAACGUUUUGUUUACUCGGUGAACUCUUUCUUCGUACUUGGUAUGAGUACCACAUUCAUCCCAAAACCUUUGUAUUCUUCAG